AUGGCUUCAUGGCAAGUCUUUGACCUUGUUUCUCACUAUCUUGACCCCAAAACCCUAGCCAUAGCCUGUUGCGUCUGCAAGUCCUGGUUCAGUUGCAUUUCCUCCGACCACAUUUGGAAGCCCAUUUGCACCACCCAUUACCCUUCUCUCUCUAAUCUCAAGCUCACCAUUCCCUACUAUCGCCUCUACGCCAUGGCCUCUGCCGCAGCCAAACGCCGCUUCCAGACCCCCUCCAAACCCUGCCUUGCCCUCGACAACCUCAUCUUCACCGUCAACGUCUUCAACCACAAGAACGUUCUGUGUCUCGAAAAACCAGGGAACGAGCUAGUCAUGGAUUCCAAUGGGGUGUUCAAGUUCGAUAUUGCCGUCGAUAACUACGAGUUUGAAGCUGUGGCGUUGGAGUCGGUGAGAGUUACGUGGAAUGUGGUGUUGAAAGGGUGGAAAGGGGUUUUUAAUAUGUUGGAAUGUCAAGGGAACAAAGGGGUCGACUGGUGGUUCUGGGAGGAGCUGCCUUUGCCGGGGUGUUGCUCGGGCCUCGUCGAUAGCGGUGUCGUGGCAGAUUUGAGGUUGGAGUUUACUGAUAGCAAAAACAGUGUUGAUGUUGGGCGGAUCAACAAAGUGAGCGUGGGGAUGUUGAGUACAGUAAACUUGAGAUAUGUCAGUGUGGAUGCUGCUCUAAGAUACUUGCAACACUUUCUUGGAUAUUGAGACAACAUGUGUCGAUGUUCAAGGGUUUAGUUUGUCCAGUAUUAUGUAUAUUUGCAUCACUAUGUAUUUGCCAGUCUUUUCAUUUG